AUACCCACGGCGGACUCUGCGCAAGGUUUUCCAAGUGCCGCUCUCUGAUGAUCUGCCGCGAGGAGUACGAGUUCUCCUGGUGAUGUAUCGAUGAUUUAGCUCGCGCUUCCUAGUUCUUCCAUCAUGGUCUGGUUCUUCGGCGUUCACCUCGCGUUGCCUUAUAACUCAUCAUCCACGGGGGAUCUGCACACAUUCUUGCAGCCAUGAGUACCAAGCUUGCUAGCAGUGCUGAUGUCGCCGAUAAGAAGUUCGACUUUGUGAUCAUUGGCGGCGGAACCGCUGGUCUCGCACUCGCCAAUAAACUGAGCGAGAACAAGAAUGUGACGGUCGCAGUUUUGGAAGCCGGCAAGGCACACCUCAAUGAUCCGCUCAUCCUCAAUGUCAACUUGUGGCCGUUCCAGAUGGUGCAGGAAGAAUACAACUGGAUGUUCACGACUGUUCCGCAAAGCAAGGCCGCGAACGGGCAGAUUCUGUGGAGCCGUGGCAAGGGAUUGGGUGGAUCGACGACCAUGAAUCUCCUGAUGUGGACGAGGCCGCAUCGCGAGGACAUUGAGACGAUCGGAAGGCUGGGGAACCCCGGGUGGAGCUGGAACCGGUUCUACGAAUAUUCAAAGAAGACGGAGAGGUACGUUCCCACGGAGCCGGUCGAACCUGUUCCUUUCAAAGGCGUGUACAAGCCGCAGUCUGUGGGCCACAAUGGUCCCAUUCCGAUCUCGUUCGCACCUACUAGCUCGAACGCGGAGCUUCCCUUCCAGAAGAGCAUGCAGAAAUCUGGAUUCGACGUGCCUAGCGACACGUUUAGUGGAGAGAUCGCUGGGACGUGGAAGGUGCCUUCGAUCGUUGAUCCCGAGACCGGUCACCGAAGCUAUUCCGCGAACGGAUACCUGCUUCCGGUCAUUGACCGCCCGAACCUCAAAGUGUUGACUGAAGCAUAUGUCACUCGGGUGAUCACCUCUAAGAAGGGCGACAAGGUCGUGGCGGAGAGCGUAGAAUUCGACUAUGGUGAGAAGAUCUACAAGGUCAACGUUGGAAAGGAGGCUAUUCUGUCGGCUGGCACUAUCAAGUCUCCUCAGAUCCUGGAGCUCAGCGGAAUCGGUGAUCGCAAGGUUUUGGAGAAGCUCGGAGUGGCCGUGCAGAAUCAUCUGCCGUCCGUCGGAGAGAAUGUCGGCGACAAGAUCACCGCGCAAGUGAUAGUCGAGAUGACCGCCGAGUCCAACGUGGUCAGCAGCAACCUCCUCGCUGACCCUGCCUUCCACGCGAAGCUGCGCGAGUCACUCCCGGGCCUCAAGGGUGAUUUCCCGUUGCUCACGACGGGUGUCACGUUCAUGCCUCUCCAGAAGUUCUCCAACCGAGCGGACGAGAUCAUCGCAGGGUUGCGCUCGCGUAUCUCGAAGGCGACGCCUGAGCUGAAGGAGGCGUUGGAGGCACAGCUGCGCCUGCUUGAGAACGACACGGUGCCCGACAUCGAAGUGAUCACGACACCGUUUAUUCUGGAGCCCCCGGUCAAGGACAAGGCUUACAUCCUGUUCGCGCUCUGCCUCUGUCAUCCGUUCUCGCGCGGUUCCAUCCACGCCAAGUCUGUCAACGCGAAGGACUCGCCCGCAAUCGACCCACAGUACUUCACGGAGCCAGCCGAUCUCGAGAUCCUGCUCGAUGCGGUCAAGUUCGUGCGCAAGGUGGACGAGGUGCCUCCGUUCAAGGACGUGGUCGCUCGGGAGAUCCUUCCGGGACCCAAUGUGGUCACCGAUGACCAGAUGCGCGAGACCAUAAAGAAGAACCUCGCGACCAUUUGGCAUACUAAUGGAAGCCUGUCAAUGCUUCCCGAGGGCAAGGGCGGCGCUGUCGAUUCGAAACUGAAGCUCUAUGGUACUACGAACAUACGCGUCGUGGACAUGUCGGUCUUCCCGUUGCCGAUCGGUGCUCAUCCUCAGUCGGCCGUAUAUGCUCUCGCUGAGCAAGCUGGCGAUGUCAUCAAGGAGGAGUACAAGUUGUAAGCAGUCUGAAGGAUCAUGUGAAGUCUCUGUCUCUUUCCGCGUGUCACUCGAUGUGAAUUCAAUUUGUACGAUAUU